AUGAACACCCGUCCCGUCAUCGAUGAACUGCACGGUCCCGUUGCUCUCUCAGCAUCCUUCAACAGUGAUGUCUCCUGCUUCAGCGUCGGUACUGAAACGGGCUUUUGCGUCUUCAAUAGCGAACCAUGUCAACUUCAAGUUUCCCGACUACUGAAUGCGGGCAUCGGUAUUGUCGAAAUGGCCCGCAACCCUCAUCGCACGACUGACCAGAUGUCAGGCAUGGCCGAAAUGCUGGGUAACUACAACUAUCUCGCUCUUGUCGGAGGAGGAAGGGACCCACGCUGGCCACAAACGAAAGUCAUUCUCUGGGACGACGCGAAGAAGAAGGAUGCUGCUACGUUCGAACACAAGACGGCCGUCCUCCGAGUACGUCUCACACGGACCCAUAUUGUAGUUGCUUUACAGAACAGCGUCCACCUCUACAUGUUCAGUGACCCUCCGAGACGGGUUGGUCUCUUUGAAACAGCAGACAAUCAUCUCGGUUUGUGCUGUCUUGGUCACAAACUCCUUGCCUUCCCUGGUCGGUCUCCUGGUCAAGUGCAACUCGUCGAGCUUCAAACCAUGAACGUGGGCAUCAUUCCGGCACACGCCUCUGCGCUUCGCGCACUCGACAUAUCACAGGACGAAACAUUGCUUGCCACGGCUAGCGAAACAGGGACGCUCAUCCGAGUGUUCAGUAGUGCCAAUUGUGCGAAGUUAGCAGAACUAAGAAGAGGUGUAGAUCCCGCAUUCGUCUUUAGUAUUGCAAUCUCACCAGACAGCAACACGCUUGCUAUGACUUCCGACAAAUCCACCCUGCACGUUUUUGAUCUCACUCAGCUUCCAGGUCGACCUCUGCCCAGUCUCAGUCCAGCAAAAUCCGCCAACAGUAGUCACAGUCGCAGACCACGUUCGCAAUCUCCUCAAGUGAACUCCCCGGCUGCCGACGACGAACCAGCUCCGAAAAAAUGGGGAUUCUUCUCAAAAGUCCCCUUUCUCCCACGCAUCUUUAGCGACACCUACUCGUUCUCGUCCGCUCAUUUUGACAUGGGUGAUGAAGGCACACCUGCUGGCUCAUCACUGCCCUACUUACCAGCACUAGGUUCAUUACCAACGCGACCGAUGAAGGGCAUUCUAGGUUGGAAGGACAACAACACAAUACUUCUGCUCGGCACAGGCAAAGACGCACGAUGGGAACGCUUCCGUAUUGGUGAGAGGUUGGUCAUGCAGGGACAAGAGGAAGUUAUGAAGCGACAAAUCUGGAAGGACGGCUGGAAGAGGUACCUUGACAGCUGA